GAAGACCAGAUAUGAUAUAUGUCACACACUUAAAUAAAAUAAUAUGAUGGCCACCUCUAAUGAAGAUGAUACUAAACGAGAGAAAUUAGUUGAACGAGUUCGUACAUCAGUUAUAGUAUUUUGGAUUUUAUCUAUUAUAUUUCUAAUAAUAGGUAUAACAGUACUGUCUAUGUAUCAUAAUUUAAAUGAUUCAUCUCAAUACGCUGGUACUAUCGCUGGAACAUUUUUCUUAGUUUUUAGUAUACCAUUAAUUAUAUGCAGUGGUUUUUUAACUAGUGCAUUAUUAAUUAUACAAGAAUCGAUUCAAGAUGAACGGGAUUAUCGAUGUCGUGAUCCAGAAUUUUAUAAAGAUAUUCCCUAUCCACGUCAACCAUUUAAACCAGUACCGACAACAUCGUCAUUGCCUACUCCAUAUCCUUCUGCACCUAUUCCACAAUUUGAAAAUUUUUCGAAACCUUCUCUAUCACCAAUUCCAUAUAGAAUUCCAAGUCCUCCAAGUUAUCAUUCAGCAGUUACAUUGACUAAUUGAUCAAGUGCUUAUGAUGAAUUAACCAAUUAAAGUUAAACAAUGAUACAUUUUUCCUUAGAAAAAAACAACAAUACCGUAAUCAUCAAGAAAAAAAGAUUGAAGGCGCGCGCGCUCGUGCACACACACAGACGCACGCAUGAAAAGUUUUCAUCCCAUCAAUUGACAAUUUAACAAGAAACAAAUUAUUUUCUGAACAAAAUUUGUAUAUUUAUUUGCAUGUACAAUGUAUUUUGUAACUAACCUUAAAUGAUAUACUUACCAAUAUAUAUUUAUAUACUGUAUUACUUACGACUGUUACUCCCAAUGGAGCAUAGG